CAGUGGCGGAGAUACCAGUGACAUGGAAAGUGAAAAUGAGGAAGAGAUUGCUCAAAAAAAACCAUAUUGAUUCUUCUGACAGGUCGGGAUCCUACUUUGGAUUUGUUUCAACUGUUCCAAAGUCUCGUUGAGAAUUACUACAUGGGCUGAAUGUCUUCAUCGUAGGUGCGACACACUGUACAAAAUGCAUCUGUACUUGUUCUAUUGUUCGCGUAACUGAGGAAUGAAUGGAGGUUAAAUUUAAUAAAUGUAGGAGCAAGUCGUGAAUGAGGCCUAAGUGAAGAUUUUAAUUCAUAACUAGGAGCAAUAUCAACUCUGAACAAUUGAAGAAAUGACUAAGUAGAAAUCCACGUGAAACAUAUCAGUGACGAAUAAAGGAAGAUAUGGAUCACUGCGAGAAAAGGAAAAGAAAACAAAAUCCUCGAGAAACUGCUAAUAUUUUUUCUUUGCUGACUUUUGCUUAUACAGCCAGCCUGUUCAAAAAGGCUUAUAAAAAUCACGAUCUUGAAGAGAAUGACUUAUACGAUGUGUUGAAAGCGUGUUGUUCAAAAAAAUGCGGGGAUAAAAUAGAGAAAAAGUGGAAAAUCGAAAAUGAAAAGGAAACCCCUCCUUCGAUUUAUAGACUGAUGUGGGCUACGUUUGGGUGGAGAUAUAUUCUUAGAGGCGUCAUUCAUCUCUGCUGGAAAGUAUUCAACAGUAUCGUGGAACCAUGGGCUUUCAGUCGAUUGAUCUCUUAUUUCAAACCGGGACAAACCACAAUGACAAAAACCGAAGCUUACUACUACGCAGCAUUAGUAUUAGUAAUCCAUCUAGUUUACGUCGUUUACAUCCACAACUACGUCAUCUGGAUGUAUCAACUAGGCCUUGAAAUAAAAACGUCGUUUUCUUCGUUACUCUACAGAAAAGCUCUGAAGCUAAGUCCAGCUUCAAUCUCUGAAAUAACUUUGGGGAACAUCGUUACGCUUAUAACAAGAGAUGUCCAUGCUUUCGAGCAGUCCAUUUGGUUCAUCAACGAAACUUGGAUUGGGAGUAUUCAAACAUGUUUCAUUUGCUAUUUGUUGUACGCGAAACUUGGUGUGGUUUCCUUCAUUGGAAUAGGAAUAUUACUGAGUGUUCUACCAUUGCAAGUUUUCAUUGGAAAUUAUGUCAGUAAAUUACGACUAGCCACCGGAAAGAAAACUGAUGAACGGUUGCAGGUGAUUCAAGAAAUUCUUUCCACAAUACGAAUAAUCAAAAUGUACAAUUGGGAAGAACAUUUCACUGAGAAGAUAAACGAUGCCAGAUUGAAGGAAAUCAACAAAAUGUUAUUAGGAGUGUACCUCAAAUUCAUCAUAGUUGUCCUUGGCGUACUAUUUUCGAAACUGGGGUUCUACCUCCUCAUCAUGUCCUACAUAUGGAUGGGCUACACAGCUGAGGCUGAACUAGUAUUCUACGUGCUUACCAUAUUCAAAGACCUGAAGCAUACUCUUGGGGUACUCAUACCAUUUGGAAUUGGCAGAGGAGCGGACCUAUACUCUGCCAUCAUCAGAAUAAACAAAGUUAUCCAAUGUGAAGAACUCGACAAGAAAAUCGGAUCCGAUGAGCCCACUUCGAAACCAUUUGUGGAAUUAACAGAGGCUACAGUUCGUAUAAAGGAAACAACUAUUCUGAAGGACAUUUCAUUCAGGACGACAUCUGGAUUAACUUUGGUGACGGGUACUGUGGGUUCCGGCAAGACGUCUUUAUUGAAAUGCAUUCUCCAAGAGUAUACUUUAUCUGAAGGAUCCAUUGAAACGGCUGGACGCAUUUCCUACGCCUCUCAGGAUCCUUGGCUGUUUCCAUCUUCUAUCAGACAAAAUAUUCUAUUUGGAGAGAAAUUCAAUGAAAAAAGGUAUGCGGAAGUAGUACGAGUUUGUGCGUUGGAAUAUGAUUUCAGUUUAUUCGAUAAAGGAGACGAAACCAUCAUUACAGACAAGGGUGCCAAUUUGAGCAGAGGUCAGCAAGCCAGGGUGAAUUUAGCCCGAGCAAUAUACAAAGAAAGCGAAAUUUACCUCCUGGACGAUUCCUUAACAGCUUUGGAUACACACGUACAGGACUACAUCUUCAACGAAUGCAUCAAAAAUCAUUUGAAAAACAAAAUUUGCAUUCUAGUUACUCAGACCGCUAGUCAUAUAGAAGAAGCUGAUAAUAUCGUUAUCAUGGCCGAUGCUCAAAUCAAAUAUCAAGGCAGACCGAACAAGAACGUUUUGGAAAAAAUCAGUGAGCUCAUCAUCGAAGAUGACGACUUGGAAAAAGAAGUUAUCCAGGAAAAUCACCAACUGCAAAACGGACAUGCCCUAGAAACUGAACAGCAAAUGACGAAGAAACAGAUAUACAGUGAAGUAAAUAUCAAAGGAGAAGUCGACUUCGCUGUCUAUAAAAAAUAUUUCAUUUUUGGUGGAGGGUUUUUGCUCAUGUUCUGCAAUAUAUUUUUAUUCGGAAUUGCGCAGGGCACUGAAUCGUAUUCUGACAAGUUACUCACUCAAUGGGUCGAUGAACAACAAACAGUACUGGAUUUGCGAAGAAAUUUUACCGAAAAUGGUCUAGCAUUUGCAGAUAAUGAUUUCAAUAACACAACAAACAUCUCCAUAAUCCUUGAAGAAUCCGUCUCUGCAGAGCAACACACCAUCAAAUUAUACUCCAUCAUGAUCGUCGUCUCCACAGUCUUUGCUUUGAUCAAAACCUACGCUAUAUUCGACUUCUGCAGACGAGCAUCGAUCAACAUCCACAAAGCCAUGGUUCGUAGUAUAAUAUUCGCCGUUAUGUCUUUUUUCGACACCCACUUCAUAGGAAACAUCCUCAACAGGUUUUCCCAGGACUUGUUGAAUAUAGACGAGCAUUUGUUACACAUUCUCAGUGAGUGCGUGAAGGUGACAUUCUCCGUUAUUGGUAUCGUGGUUCUCAUAACGAUAAUCAACAAGUAUUUCUUGAUAUUCUCUCUAAUAUUCUUGCUUAUCUUGAUAUUCUUGAGAAAACUUUAUUUACCAACCGGUAGGAGUUUGAAAAGACUGGAAGCAGCAACUCGAAGCCCAAUGAUUGGACAUUUGAACGCUUCUCUUGAAGGGUUGACCACCAUAAGAGCAUACAAAGCCCAGAAUAUACUGAUAGAAGAAUUUGAUAGAUACCAAGAUGUGUAUACCUCUGCUCAUUAUACGUCGAUGUGUUCGAUGAGAGCGUUUGGUUUCGUUAUGGAUUUCCUGUGCUCAAUUUUCAUUAUUUUGGUGGUUUCCAGAUUCCUGUUCAUCGAUACAGAUUCCAGCGCUGGUGACGUUGGUUUGGUAUUAUCGCAGAUCUUCAUGUUAGCCGGCACGGUACAAUGGGGUGUUCGAACUUGGGCCUAUCUUGAAAACCUAAUGACCUCCGUGGAAAGAGUCUUAGAAUACACGGAAAUCCCAUCAGAGAAUUUAGAUGGCCCAGAAGUCAAAAACUGGCCUAGUAAAGGGGCUAUAAGUUACCGAAACGUAUCGCUCACUUAUAACAAUGUAGAAACUGUAUUGAAGAAUUUGAACUUUGAAGUGGAACCCCAACAAAAAAUCGGCAUUGUCGGUAGAACAGGUGCAGGAAAAUCUUCCAUCAUCUCAUCAAUUUUCCGCCUAUAUGAUGUCAAGGGUGAUAUAGUGGUGGACAACGUGAACAUCACCACCUUAUCCAUAAAGUUCCUGAGGCGUAAGCUAGCCAUUAUCCCUCAAGAACCAGUUUUAUUUUCUGGUACAGUCCGUUCCAAUCUCGAUCCGUACCAAGAAUUUGAAGACACCGAUUUAUGGAACGUUCUCGAACAAGUGAACAUCAAAGACUACAUCCCGAGCUUGAAUCUAAUAGUUUCAAGUAGUGGUUCAGGCUUCAGUUCUGGCCAGAAGCAACUCAUUUGUUUAGCCAGAGCAAUCUUACGCAAAUCCAAAGUAGUAAUUCUGGAUGAAGCCUCUGCUAAUAUGGACCCAGAGACGGAUGCUUUAUUGCACGAGACCAUAAGGAAAAAUUUCAGCGGGUGUACGGUAAUAUCCAUCGCACACAGGCUCCAUUCUGUUCUGGAGUGCGAUAAGGUCAUGGUUUUGAAUAGAGGAGAAAUAAACGAAUUUGAUGAUCCUAUCAGACUAUUGCAAAACAAAGAGGGAAUGUUUUAUAAGAUGGUGAGUCAAGCUGGCUUGCUCGCUAAACAAAAACAGUAAUUAUUUUUCCUACUUUGCAUUGUGAGAAUAAAUUAUUUUG